AUGUUUGACGCUUUUCAUCAGUCACCUCACGGUGAAUUCAAACCUACUUUUUACAAUCCGUUUGAAGUGAAACAUAGACGUCGUACUUCUCGUCAACAACUAAAAAUUCUCGAAAAGGCCUUCAAUGAGAAUCCUAAACCUCAUGCUGCAGUUCGUCAAGCGUUGGCUCAAAAGUUAAAUAUGACCCCUCGUGGUGUACAAGUCUGGUUUCAAAAUCGACGUGCAAAGGCAAAAAAACAGAAAACUGUCGAUGAUAGCUCUUCACCUGAAUGCACAUCUGAAGGUUUGAUAGUAUCUAGCCCAACAGACUCUUUAGAAACGUUCUUUUCCACGGCUGACUCAACAAUUUCUGUUACAACCACGGAACAUGGUGGCCAAGAAUGUGUUGAAAGUGAUUCAUCAAGUGAUAUCAAUGAUCAAGCAGUGGAAAGUACCGCUAAUAGUCCAUCAGAAGUCUUUUGUGGGUAUGAAGGAAAUCCAAAUGAUACAACAUUUUACGUUGACCAACCAAAGCCCGUCAAUGGUAUGCUUGCUCGUGAAACAGAAAAUGAUCAAUUGCCAAAAAGGUCUCGUCAGAAACCAAACAUCGACCCUCUCAAAACUAGCUGGGAUACACAAGAAGAAUAUGAGCACAUGGUUCAGCAGCGACAGCUCAUUCAGAAACCGGCGAAUUCUCAACACGAUGACGGAGAAUGGAUGCAUUCAAACGUGUCUUCUGCAUCAACCGUGGCAUCCGAGUAUGUGUAUGAUCACAUUGACAACCUUCUUCCUUUAUCCACCCCUCAAUCUGCCGUCACUAUUUCGGAUUACUUUACCGAGUAUGCUUACAGUCCUACCGUUAGCUCUGUAAUUAGUGACAAAGAUGCGGUUGAUUCCAAUGAACCCAUGCACUCCGCCGGUACAUACGCGAACGCUCGUCGUAAUUCUUGUCCCGAAUUGAUGGCAUCCAUUCUCAACAUGAAACUUGGAACUCCAGAAGAAAAGCGAUCUCUAUCGACCAUAAUUGAGGAUGAGACACUGUAUCAUGAUUCUAAUAUGAACCAAUUCUUAGCCGCACCUGGACAGACUAAACGUCGGUUUUCCGAACCUAUCAACCGAUACAACUUGUCUACCAAUGCUUCUGAAUUUCAAUCUGAACAUAAUUCAGAAUUAGAAUCAAACAUUUCAAAUAUUACAUCCAAUCAAACAGCCUAUCAAUUCAAUAUGCACCCGAUUUUAGGAACUAAUCAAUCAUCUGAACCUCUCACCGCACCAGAGCUACUUCGAGGACACAGUCUAGAUUCAACUGUUUGGCCCACUUUGAAAGAACGUCAGAUGUGGAAUUUUGGAUUGGAUUUUAAAACCAAAUUACCGAUCGUAGAUACUACUGAAAUAAAAGUUUCUGAUACGGGUGUCGCUCACUGGAGUCCUCUAACGCCAACUGAUGUUGAUACCAAUUCUGUCAAUUCGAGUAUGACCAUGACUAUGCCUGAUGAAAUCAAUUUCAUUCAUUUGUACGGCAACACUAGUGAUCAAGUU